GAGCUUCCUGAGAUUACAAUACUGAGUUCCAAUUGCCAAAGGUCCACUAAAAUAACCAUGAAGAGCAAAGCAAUUCAUACAAUAAACGGAAGGAUUCAUAACCAUCAAAUAGUUCCAGCGGAUGUUUUGAUGUGAACUUUCUUGUAGACUGCCAUUUGACACGGAAAUUGAAAUAAGUAAAUAUGUUUAUUUUCUAAAUUGCCCUGGCCUUGUUUUCAGUGAUACUUGACGCAAGAAAUAGAAUUUGUAAUGGGAUCUGUCAGUUUGGUUACGUCAAGGCUGUUCAGAUCAUAACACGAUGCAAUUAGUGAAGAAAAAAUCAAUUUGCACAACCCUAUUAAAAAUCACUAGAAUAUUGUUAAGUUCUACAGUCUCCAAAUUGAACAUCUGCUGGACUGUAAUUCGUUCUUUCACUCGACAACUUCGAGCUCCGAGAAUUGUGUGUUAGGAAGUGACAGAGAUGUCGGGAGAUGAUUCAAACCAUCUACCUCUCGCCACUACCAAUGCCUCUAACGGUUCAAACCUCGAAUUAUGCAACCUUCCCACCACUUCAAAAAAUCUUGCACUUUCAUUGAUUCUUAUCGCCAUCUGCAUAGUAACAUUCUGUGGAAACUUGUGUGUUUGCGCUACUGUUUAUAUACAAUGCGCCCUUCACUCCUCUACAAAUUAUCUCAUUGUUUCUCUGGCUUUCGCCGAUCUGUUGGUGUCCCUUCUGUCGAUGCCAUUCAGGAUCUACUUUACACUACGCAACAACAGGUGCAUUAGUUCUAAUGUCUGCGCGCUUUGGAUCUGGGUAGAUUUGGUUGCAUGUAGCUCAUCUGUGGGUAGUUUAACCGUCGUAUCCAUCGACAGAUUCGUCGCCGUAAAAUUUCCUCUUCGCUAUCCUGUUCUCCUCACAAAACAGACCAGUUUGAAAAUUAUAUGCUUCGUGUGGACGUACUCAGUGAUAUUCGCUUCCCUUGGUAAUUAUAACUGGACUUUUCACGCGUUCGAGACUUUCAAACCAUGCCAUAAAAAUGAUCGUAUGUACUACACUUUUGUGGCGAGCUUGGCGUUCUUCUUGCCCCUUGGAAUCCUCAUUGCAACAUAUUCUUAUCUCACUAAAGUCGCUUUACAUCAGCGCCGGCGGACUUUAACCAAUACAGUCCGUCCAGAAGAAAGUGACAGGCCUUUUCGGCGAGCCCGCAUUUUACACGAGCUGAAAGCAGCGAAAAUGAUGGCUUGUGUAGUUGGAAUAUUCUGUGCUAGCUGGGUGCCUUUCUUUAUCGUGAUCCUUUUAGAUUUUUGGCACAACCGAGAGACCAGAAAUCGUCUAAUCAUACCUUCUGCCGUCAGGGACAUCUUUGUUCUUAUUCUACCCAACCUUAAUAGUGCUAUAAAUCCUUUUAUGUACAUGGCGUUUACACGCGAAUUGCGAGAGCAUGUGGCAAAGAUGGUUAAAAGAUUAUUUUGUCGGCCUUGCAAAUGCCAGGAGUCAAGAGUCGUCGAGGAAAGGUCGCGAACGGGGACUCAGUCCGUGAUUCGUGGAGAAUCUGUUACUUAUGGAAAGCGCAGUGUUCGAGUCCAAAAUCAAAGCUAACUGCACUGAAGAAAAUGCUUUUAUGGUUAAAGAUAAUUCAGUGCUUCUUCCGCGCAAAUAGAAUAUCAACGAUUGAUACAAUACAACCCGUGAAUUCUGAACAUACGAAAUGCUGUAUCUGAUUAUGAUAAUUUUUUCAAAGAUUUUCGUUUGGCCAUCCAUACGAAGACGUUAAAAAUUAGAGAAAAGGUUUAUCGCUCAAGAGUUACAAGGCUCCCUGAAAGCAAUUCACAGUGUUCGGUGAGCAAAAACCAAAAUAAAAAAUUAUCUAAAAAUAUCCCAGGGUCCAGAUUAAGUAUUCGUUGCGAAUGAGCCGUUUGAAUACUUCUUGUUAAAAUAAUUACACUGUAUUGAAAAGUUCUAAUUUUCCUUUUUAAUUUUACUUUUCAAUCAUACAAUCCCUAAUGUUUUCACUCGAUGAGAAAUACACCCACGCUUACUGUCAUUUCAACUUACCACUCUCUUGUUCAAAAAGAAAACGUCACAUUGGAAAUUGAUAUCCACUCACUCCUUCGUAAGCCCGUAAUUUAUUGAAGUUGGUGGAUGUCAACUUCGCCACUUCGUAAAUGAACACAAGUUGCAUAAAUGUAUUACUUCCCUUGUUUUCAUUCUGUAAAGACACUAAUCCCAUCAAAAGGCGAGACACAUUUCACUAAACAUAGACCCGAUCACAAAAUACUUGCACGAUCA